CAAAGUCGAAACCUUUUUCCUCAGUCCCAACUUCUCUCCCGAAACUUUCCCGCCAUGGAAAUCGACUCCGAGAAGACUCACGAACGGAAGCAAUCCGACUACAAUUGCCUGGAUGAGAGGUUUGAGAUACAAAAGGAGAUGUACAGAGGACAGCAAUACAGUCAGAUUUACUUCGCUCGUCUUCAUCUCAUGAGAACUCUUCUCUACUCCCUUGCCCCUUCCUGGAAGCCUCAUUUGCCUGUUUGUAAGGUGUUGGGACUUGAAGAAGGGAAGGAAUGCAUCAUUGUAGGAACCUUGUUCAAGCACAUGAAGCUUAAACCUUGCGUUCUUGAUGAAUAUUCUAAAGAGAGGUCAGUUACUCCGCUUGUAAAACCUCAUAACUUCAUGCACCCUGAUGAUCAUCUGAUCCUAGAAGACGAGAGUGGUAGAGUUAAGCUUGGCGGCUCUUCUCUUUCACCUGCUGUUUUUGUCACUGGUGUUGUUGUUGCAUUGCACGGGAAGGAAACUAGUGCUGGUGAGUUCUUUGUUGAAGAUGUACUAGAAGCUGGUCUACCACCUCAGAUAGAGCGGCCUUUGGAUCUAAAGGAAGAUAAAUACGUUUUACUUGUGUCGGGCCUGUCCAUUGGAAGCAAUUCAUCUAAUCCUCUGCUAUUUCAGCUUCUUGUUGACCAUAUAACUGGACAUGUCUCAAAUGAUGAGGAACUAGGCCUUGCAGCGCAGAUAGUUCAUGUGGUAAUUGCUGGAAAUUCUGUUGAGUUUCCCCGUAAACUCUUAACCGGACAGAACAUGGCCUCGAAAGAUCAGUCAACACUCUAUGAGCCCAUCAAAGAGCUUGAUAUCAUGUUAAACCAGAUAGCUGCAGGAGUUUCAGUAGAUAUAAUGCCAGGCCUAAAUGAUCCAGCUAACUUCGCAUUGCCUCAGCAGCCUCUGAACAGAUGCCUUUUCCCUGGAUCAGCACCUUAUAACACCUUCAGAUCAUGUACAAACCCUCACUCCUUUGACGUCGAUAAUAUCAGAUUUCUUGGAACUUCUGGUCAGAACAUCGAUGACCUUGACAAGUACUCAGAGGCUGAAAGCCGACUUGAUUUUGUCGAAAGAACGCUGAGGUGGAGACAUCUUGCUCCCACUGCACCUAAUACACUCGGUUGUUAUCCUUUCACUGAUAGAGACCCUUUCUUGAUUGAAACUUGCCCUCAUGUCUACUUCGUUGGGAAUCAAGACAAAUAUGACACUCGUUUGAUAAAAGGGUCAGAAGGCCAGCUGGUUCGGUUGAUCUGCAUUCCUAAGUUCUGUGAGACCGGUGUUGCUGUUGCGGUGAACCUAAGGAAUCUGGAGUGUCAUACUCGUAGCUUUAACAUUCAGUUAUAAAGUUAAGCACAACAAUUAGUUGCUACUUUUGGUAAAAUCUUGAAUCUCCUAGUCCUAACAAACAGUUGUAUUUUCUUGAGAAAUACUUUUUUCAAAUCUUUGGAUGUGUUUUUGUAUUAUUUUCUUGAGAAUUUCAUACAUUAAUUUUUUAGUAUUUACUAUUUACAAAGCAAAUGUUACAACAUGUUUAAUAAUG